AGAUAAUUUAGGGUGCUUCAAUUAAACUCCAAGGGCAACAAUUAUCUCACAUGACUGCACGGAUGGCUCGCUCGCAAGACUGUGGAUGUGUCAGCAUCAAGCGAGCGGCCAAUGGGAGCGCGUCUCGGCCGUGACGUCAGGGGGGCUGGUCGUGCGCGUGGAGAGCUCCAGUCAGUCCCGCGAGCGCAGUCAGUCAGUCAGUGCGUGCAGCUGACCCCGCGCGUUCAAUGGACUAGGUUCCCAGCCACGUAAGUAAAAAAAAAGAAGACGAUGGUGAUAAUGGUGUCUUGUUGCUGAAACAAGGGAUAGGCCCGGGGAGAACGUCGGCCGUCCCCUCUUGCCUUUGUCCGAAUCAGAUCCGAGCGCCGGAGAUCGUCGGAGUUUGGUUGCUCGCGAAGAGGAGGACAUCUACUUCCCAGGCGUAACAAAAGGCGGCUCGCGACCUGGAGGAAAUUUUUUCCUAGCCAUAUUUGGUAGAUGCACGGACGGGCUUCGCGUGGGGAUCCGCUCGAAUGAACACGGAGCGCCCUCUCAGGAUAUCUAAACCCGGCUUUUAAUUUAAUGCAAAAAAAACCCCCGUUCUUUACCUGCUGCGCUGCAUCGGCCGUGACGUCACAGCCUGUACAUUACAUACACCGCGCCGAUUCACGCGUUUUGGGCUUUUUUUUUUUUUUUUUUUUUUUUUUUUUGCAACCGAACCGUGCUGUUCUUUGAGGGCACGCUGAGCAUAGAGGUCACAAUUCAUGCAUGCACGUCAUCGCAUGUGUGCUCAAAUGACGCCACAUUGCCGGUGCAAUUAACGCACAUGCAUAAGAUCAUCAUUACAGUCAAGGGGAAUCGCCGCUGCCUUCAUGCCCAGUGUUAAAUAGAGGGCAUCUGUCUGUCAUUCACUUCCAACCCCCUCCUCCGAGACCGUCUGAACCCUCCUGAUCUGGACGAACCUCCUCCUAUACUCAUGAACAUACAGAGAUCCAGUCCCAUUAACAUUUCGCGUUAUGGGAGAUCGAGGCACAAAGCACACGACUUUGAGGAGCUAUCUUGUCUAAGGACUACAGAAUCCAACCAGAGUUUCAGUCCCAAUUUAGGAUCUCCCAGCCCCCCUGAGACCCCUGACUCCUCUCACUGCAUUUCUUGCAUUGGAAAUUACCUUUUGUUGGAGCCCAUUGAAGGAGACCACGUUUUUAGAGCCACCCACCUGCACAGUGGGGAAGAGCUCGUGUGCAAGGUGUUUGAUAUCAGUCGAUACCAAGAGUCCUUGGCCGCUUACUUCGUGCUGGGCACCCAUGAGAACAUUAACCAGAUAGUGGAGAUUCUUCUGGGGGAUACGCGAGCGUACGUGUUCUUCGAGAGGAGCCAUGGCGACAUGCACUCUUUCGUUCGCACUUGCAAGAAGCUGCGAGAGGAAGAGGCUGCCAGACUUUUCCAUCAGAUAGCAUCAGCUGUGGCGCACUGCCACGACAACGGCCUGGUCCUCAGAGACCUCAAGCUGAGGAAGUUCGUCUUUAAGAACGAGGACAGGAAUCUUGUAAAGUUGGAGAGUUUGGAAGACACGUACCUUUUAGAAGGAGGUGACGAUUCGCUCUCGGACAAACACGGCUGUCCGGCCUACGUCAGCCCGGAAAUCCUCAACGCCAAUGGCAGCUACUCUGGUAAGGCGGCGGACGUGUGGAGCUUAGGCGUGAUGCUCUACACCAUCCUGGUGGGCCGCUACCCGUUCCACGACGUGGAGCCCAGCUCGCUGUUUAGCAAGAUCCGGCGCGGCCAGUUCAGCAUCCCCGAGACGCUAACGCCCAAAGCCCGAUGCCUCAUCCGUAGCAUCCUGCGGCGAGAACCGGCCGAACGCCUCACCUCCCGAGAGAUCCUGGACCAUCCCUGGUUCUCAGCCUCCGGCGGUUCAGCCGCCGCCGCCAGCCACGGAAGAGGAGAGCGAGACUUGGACCAAAUGGUGCCAGAGGCCAACAUGGAAGAAGAACUAGAACAGUUCUUUAGCUGAGCACAAACUCGUCAGACAUUAUGCCACGCCCUUUUAGAUUAUCAAAAAAAAAAAAAAGAAAUACACUCAUUACAAAUGGUGUCUAUCGUUAUAUCUCAUUCCGUGAAAAGACAUGGUCUGGCUGCUGGACUUCUGGACGAAGCGCGUCGGGUGAUGUAGCAAGACUUACUUCGGUUUUUCUUUUAUUUCCGUUCGUUUAUGUCUUCGUUUUACGUGGUGCUCACGAGGCGUACGAGUAAGCUACAAACAUGCAUUACGGCACAGGAGAACGCAGCCAAGGAACAAAGAAAAUAUCAGGCGAAACUGCUCAGCCUCUCCUGUUUCCAGCUCUGAUUUGUCGACUUGCGCCUCAGUUACCCGUUUUCUUCGAAUGCAAAUCGUCGGUCGCGUCUCGAUCUUAUUUUAAAGCAUAGCGUUUCGACAGCCCUCCAGGUCAACGCCGCGAAGACCAUGUAGUUUAUUUUUUGCGUUUGGAUUCAUUUCGGCUGCAUUAAGAAUGAUUUGUGUUGCAUUAAGCUGUUCCUUUUACUAUUAUUGCUGCUUUUUCCCGCUCUAACCAUAACUGAAACUUUCUCCGUGAGUCUUCAGAGAAUAAAAAAACGUCAAGCACUUGACUCGCCUAGGCUUGGAGAUCCUCUCUGGACUAGUGUCAUCUAUUUAACUUUUAGUUGUUUUCUUUUGCUGGAGCAAAAUUUAUGUUCUUUUUUUUUUAUUUAUAAGGUUACUACUACUAUAUUUAAAGACAAAUACGUGCAGGGUUUUUUUUUUUUUUUUUUUCUCCGUUAUUUUCUUAACCGCCAGUUUUCGCGAAUAUUGUAGGCAAUAUAAUAUUGACACAGGACAGGUUUGAGUUUUUGUAUCAAAGUUUGUCCCAAGUUGGAAGGUCUACGAUUUAACGUCAGUGCCAGUAAUCACGCACCCCAAACGCACGCCGACCGUACUUUUUUAUUUGUCAUUUUUUCCUCUUGGUUUCGUUCUGUUUCUUUGCAUUUGACUCCAUAAAUAUUAGACGAUAUUUCUACGACUACACCGUCUCGAGUACCUCAUGUUAACUCUACUGCCUGCAUAGGUCUGUGAAAUGAUCAUGUUUUGAAUGGGUACAUGUAGACAUGUUUCGUCGUAUAUCAAUGUUACUUGAAAUCGUGAUUUAUAUCUAGUCAAUGGCAUGUGCCCUAUGAAUGCUUUAGCCUGCCUAGCAAGAGGGGAGUUCAUUUUUUCAGUUUCGUUUUCUUAAAGAAAAAUCUUACGAAGGAUUUACUAGGAGUCCAAUUGCGCUUAAGAGUUUCUUUUCGGUUUUUUUUUUGGUUUUGUUUUUCCUCUGGUCAUUGUGCUUUCACUCGUUUUGUAGAAGGAACUUUUGCCUACCUAAGUUGGUGCUGAUUAGGUGCUAAUUUUGAAGGAUGUUUUUCUUUUUCGUUUGUUCAUUUUUUUUUUUUUUUUUUUCACAUGUUUUCGAGGGGAGGGGGGAGUGCAUGGUGGGAUAUCUGCCUCAGAUGCUCUGAUUGUAAUGUAACAGAUUUUUGGUGUUUUGUCCAGAUUUAUUCAGUAAAUAAAUUGUGAACUGCACACUGAA